UCCAAGUUCAAAAACCUCACAUUUGGACAUACACUUCUUCCCUAGACACUACUCGCACAAUGGAAAGCCCUGCGCUCGUAUUCGUUAACCGCUCGGACAGCGAGAACAGGUGGUUUCCUGAGUCGAAGGUGAUUAACCCCCGCACUACUAAGGAGAGGGUGCUUCAAAACUUCAAGGAUACCUUUGCCAACUUGAGCGACGCUUCAGAUGCAAAGAUAAUCCAGGUCGCGGAGUACCUCAUCGGGUGGAAGGGCAACAACGCUGCCACUGUACCGCGGAAGUUGACCCCCCGCGAGCUUGAUGAGAAGAUGGCCCAGGCCGAGGCUGCGGAGAUUGUACAAGUCUUGAAUAGAAAGGUCUUUACCUUGGAAAACGAGACAUUCAAUCUCGCGCUCGAACUCAAAGACCUUGCCAACUUCCUCGGAGGAUACACACACACUGCGGCCACCGGGCUGCACAGCUACAUCAACGCGCGCAUCGAAAUCGGGAACGAGAAGGCCACAUUCAACGAAGACACAUACAAGUGCUUUAUCCUUGUACGCGACCAAGAGCUCGUUAGGCUGUUCUUCUUUAGGUUCAGGUGUAUGGGCUCGCUGCACAAACCAAGGAACUGGACCAUCUACAGCAACUCCGAGAUGGUAUUCGACUAUGUUGUAUACGAAAUUGAGAUCCUUAGCUCUGCUUUUUUCGACGUGAUGCUCGAUUAACACUCGCCCCAGCUGCGCAUUCAUGUCAUUUAA